AUGUUGAUGAUGAGCAGAAAAAGCAAGAAUUGGGUAACAUCAUAUCAAUGGAUGUGUUUGCUAUGCAUGGUCAUUGCUCUAUUAGAUGUAGUUAUGAGUAGUAAUAGUGAUGCUAAGGAGCAAAAGAUGAAGGACAAGAUCAUCUCUUUGCCAGGCCAACCUCCUCACCUCAAUUUCUCUCAAUUCUCUGGUUACGUCACUGUUGAUUCCGCGGCUGGACGAGCUCUCUUUUAUUGGCUAACCGAAUCCCCUAGUCCUAGUGGCAGUAAGCCCCUAGUCCUAUGGCUCAAUGGUGGUCCAGGAUGCUCCUCCAUUGCCUACGGUGCAUCUGAGGAAGUUGGUCCCUUUCGGGUUAAUCCAGAUGGAAAAACUCUUCGUCUAAAUCUAUAUGCUUGGAACAAAGUGGCGAAUCUGUUAUUUUUGGAUUCACCGGCGGGAGUUGGUUUCUCUUAUACAAACACUUCCUCAGACGAACUAACCGUGGGAGACAAGAGGACAGGGGAGGAUGCAUACAGAUUCUUGGUGAGAUGGAUGGAGAGGUUCCCUGAAUAUAAGCAAAGGCCUUUUUACAUCGCCGGCGAGAGCUAUGCUGGACAUUAUAUUCCGGAGCUAGCACAAUUGAUCGUCAACCGUAACAAGGGUGCCAAAAAACCCAUUAUCAAUCUACAAGGGAUUCUAAUGGGGAAUCCUGUAGUGGAUGAUUACAAUGACAACAAAGGGAUGCGUGAGUACUGGUGGAAUCACGGGCUCAUAUCGGACGAAAGCUACAUGGAACUGACCAAAUGGUGUCUUAACGACUCCAUCCUAUUCCCCAAACCCAACUGUGAUGCUGCCUUGAACCAAGCCUUCUCUGAGUUUGGUGACAUUGACCCUUACAACAUCAAUCGCCCUGCUUGCACCAAUAAUUCAUCAUCAUCAAAUGAAUGGAUGCAAGCAUGGCGAUAUAGAGGGAACGAUGAGUGCGUUGUUAGAUACACACGCAAGUAUAUGAACGAUCCCAAUGUGCACAAAUCCUUCCAUGCCCGCCUCAACCGCACUUCUUGGACUCCAUGCAGUCGUGUGAUAAGAAAGAACUGGAAAGACUCACCCAAGUCCAUGCUUCCCAUCCUCAAGGACCUUCUUCAAGCUCAUCUCCUCAUUUGGAUAUUUAGCGGGGAUUCGGACGCAGUGUUGCCGCUAAGUGGGACGAGGCAUUCAAUAAAUGCAAUGAAAUUAAGUACCAGCAAAAGGUGGUAUCCAUGGUACCACUCACACGGCUUAGUGGGAGGGUGGAGCCAGGUUUACGAGGGUGGCUUGUUAACGUACGCAACGGUUAGAGCCGCAGGGCAUGAGGUGCCAUUGUCUCAGCCUCGUCUCUCUCUUUUCCUCUUCUCCCACUUCCUCGCCAACCACUCUCUUCCCUCCUUUUCUUCUUGA